ACACUCAACCCGUGCGUUAGUGUCACCUUAGCUGUUAGCUUCGUCAAGCUGUUCCGUGUCGUAAAUAUACAAAAUCUGUGGUCAUGGCAGAUAAAACUAAACUUCAAGAAGCUCUUCGAGUCCAAGGUGAAGUCGUUCGAAAGCUAAAAUCAGAGAAGGCGAGCAAAGAACAGAUUGAUGAAGAAGUAGCCAAACUGCUGCAGCUGAAGGCGCAAUUAGGUGGAGAAGAUGGAAAACAGCAGUUCGUCCUCAAGACAGCCAAGGGGACAAGAGACUACAACCCCAAGCAGAUGGCCAUCAGAGAGAAAGUCUUCAACGUCAUCGUCAGCUGCUUCAAACGCCACGGAGCGGAGACCAUCGACACACCCGUAUUUGAGCUGAAGGAAACACUGACAGGGAAGUACGGAGAAGAUUCCAAGCUCAUAUAUGACCUCCAAGACCAGGGAGGAGAGCUGCUGUCUCUCAGAUACGACCUGACUGUUCCCUUUGCCCGCUACUUGGCCAUGAACAAGAUAACUAACAUUAAGCGCUACCACAUUGCCAAGGUCUAUCGCCGUGAUAAUCCAUCCAUGACUCGCGGUCGCUACCGGGAGUUUUACCAGUGUGACUUUGACAUAGCAGGUCAGUAUGAUGCCAUGAUUCCCGAUGCAGAGUGUCUCAAGAUUGUCCAUGAAAUCCUCAGUGAGUUGGACCUUGGAGACUUCUGCAUCAAGGUCAACGACAGACGCAUUCUUGAUGGAAUGUUUGCCGUCUGCGGUGUUCCAGGUGACAAAUUCCGUACCAUCUGUUCAACAGUGGACAAACUGGACAAGAUGUCCUGGGAUGAUGUGAAGAAGGAGAUGAUCAAUGAGAAGGGCUUGUCAGAGGAAUCUGCUGACCAAAUUGGGGAGUACGUCAAUAUGCAAGGUGGAAUCGACCUGGCAGAACACCUCCUUCAGGACCAGAAAAUGUCCCAGAGCAGACAAGCCUGUGCAGGCCUAACUGACAUGAAGCUGCUCUUCACCUACCUGCAGCUUUUCCAGGUCACAGAUAAGGUGGUGUUUGACCUCAGUCUGGCUCGGGGUCUGGACUACUACACCGGUGUCAUUUAUGAGGCGGUGCUGACACAAGCUGGGGUGGUUCCAGCCUCCACUGACACCCAGAAUGGGGAAGUCGGACAAGGAGAGGAAAGCGUCGGUGUGGGUAGCGUUGCUGGUGGAGGGCGAUAUGACGGCUUGGUUGGAAUGUUUGACCCAAAAGGCAGGAAGGUCCCAUGUGUAGGUGUCAGCAUAGGAAUAGAGAGGAUCUUCUCCAUCAUGGAACAGAAGACUGAGGCAUUGUCGGAGAAGGUUCGUACCACAGAGGUCCAGGUCAUGGUGGUGUCUGCUCAGAAGAACCUGUUGGAGGAAAGACUUAAGCUGGUGACUGAGCUCUGGAAUGCUGAUAUUAAGGCAGAAGUGAUGUACAAGAAGAACCCCAAGCUGCUGAGCCAGAUCCAGCACUGUGAAGAUUCAGGGAUCCCCUUGGUGGCUAUAGUUGGAGAACAGGAGCUGAAGGAUGGCGUGGUCAAACUCCGCAUUGUGGCGACCAGAGAGGAGUUUGAGGUUUCCAGAGCUGAUGUCAUAAAGGAGAUCAAGAAGAGGACCGCUGAGGCUUAGUUCCACCCACUCAAAAACAGACCCUGUACAGCCUUCCAGUUUGCUGCCACCAAGCACCUGUCUGAUGGUGUUAUUGGUCGGGCUGCUGCUCAUCAGUGAACACAUCAGAACAUGAAAUGUGCUAACGGUGUCUAAAGGUGGAGAACAGUCAUUAAUCAUCUACAUGUGUCAAACAGUCCAUCCCACCCCCUCCUGUCUCCAAAUAAACUGUUUAAAUGACUUCACUGCACGGUUUCUACACCACUGCUGACCGUCACAUACAUCACUGGUCCUCAGUCCUGGACCUCAGGCACCCUGAACCUGCAUGAGACAUCUCCCUGCUCUGCCAGAAGGUCAUGGGCUCAUUCAUGUGUGGUCAGCCAAUCAGGAACAAGCAGACACCUGGCUGAGCCAGUCGGCUGUCAGCAGAGCAGAUAAGAAAGAAAACAUGCAGGUUAGGGUCCAAGGACCAGGAUUGAGCCAGAGACACCAGUGUGGUGUUUGUGUAACACGGGAACAUUGUUGCUCGCAGACAAAGAAAUGCAAACAGUUUGGUGCUGUACGGUAAAUCUGUGUGCAGCAGACGGUUCUCAAACCCUGACUGACUGCAGGGAGGAGACCAGACAAGACACCAAGACAACUCUGAAGACCUCCUUCUGUCCCUGUGGAGAAGCAGUGCACAGUGCCUCACCACUUACACAGCCCGUGAUGAAGUGGUGUAGAGGAGGACUUGAGAAUUGGAAGUUCUGCUCCAAUUUUCCUGAAGGCACACGGGAGGGGCAAGUCAGGUUUUGAUUGGUUUAGUUUCAAGAAAGUCGUUCUCCACUCCAUGAUGAAGCUGUGAGUGAUGAAAAUACUAAACUCCCAUUAUGCACAAGUUCUCCAGUCACAGAAACUGAUGAUGUCUUCAGGGUUGUCUUGUCAUCUUGCAGUUACAGUUUUUGAGGACCACAGUUACCCUGAUGUUUGUAUUUCUUAAUAGUUAAUGUAAAUAAAGUCCAAGACCUA